UGACUUUCUUGGCUUGUCUCUUCACAAUCCUCAGAAUUAUACUCUCAAUUUUUUGCAUUUCUAAUUCGAAUACCCCGUCAGCCAUGGACCAGCCACAGCGCAUUUACAGCUGUGCCUGCCUCAAUGUGCGCAUACACGCAGCCAGCAUCGCCGAGCAGCAGACAUCGCUGGAGGAUAUUACUGGGGUCCGGGAGUGCCGCCUUGCCACAAAAGCAGUGCAGGUCGCUCAGGGAAAGCUGCUGGAGAUCAAGCCGGCAUCAUCAAUUGACCGCAGCAUCAGCGUCAUUCGGUGCCUGGUGUGCAAAUCGCCGGUCAUCUAUUUCCGAAUCCCGCAGCCGACCCUGUCAUCAUCGGUCAUAUCGUUAGGCCAGCAGCAAGCAAAACUCCCAUUGACCGGGAGCCCUGUGUUCCUGGACAGCGGGGCAAUGACCCCCAAUCAGGUCGAGGAGGCAGAAAAGCUGGCAGACUACUCGCCUGCCUUUGGUAUGCUUCUGACGCCCAAAAUUAUAGGCGACGUACGCCCCAACCCCAAUAUCCACAUCCCUCUCGACAUCAAGAGCAGUACCCAGGAGUACCUGAAAAGCGAGGAGUCGGCAAAGUAUGAGCGGAUCCGCGAGUUUACGAGCAAGCAGGAUGAAGCAUUUGACAAACUCACAUUCCAUCUGUCGAGGUCGAUGACCACGAUGUGUUUGAUCUAGAUGAUGAUUUCCAGACACCUGGGCAGCAGUAUCACUCGGCGAUUCCUGGAUUCGGCCGCCGCAACACGAGCCACCAGUCUGACGAUUU